AUGUUUCGCAGGGUAAGUCCAAAGAAGAUACUGCCAAGUGGAAAACAGCAGGAGAAAUCGAAACCAUCUGAACAAGAAGCACCUAAAACAGAUUUCUCUCUUAAAUCAUGUAGUUCCAGAAUCUAUAUAGUAUUAUCAGAUCCUCAAGAGUUUUAUGUUGAACGCAAGCUUCUUCUGCAAGAAGUGCUACCAGAAAUACAAUCUUUCGCAUUCAAUAUGGGCAUAGACAUUGAAUGGUUUGAUCCAUAUAAGGAAAAUGAGAAGUUGACAAACGAGAUAUCCGAAAAGAUAAUGAAUGCAAUGGAUGACGACAAAACAAUUGUCAUAUGUUUUUUGGGAGAUAAGUGGGGAUUACCCAAAGCUCCGCUCGAGUUAAAGAAAGAAGAGUUUGAGAACAUUCGACAAGCGAUUUUCGAACAAAACGCAGAUGUAAAAUUGUUAGAUAAUAAUUAUGCUCUGGAUAGAACAUGCCGAGAAGAUAUCUAUAAAUUAUGCCGACCAGAAGACAAUAAACUGUCUUCUAAAUUAGCCAAAAUCAUCCAGAAGGGAGCAACAGCGGCCUUCGAAGAAGGAGCCAUCAAUCAAGUGCAUACAAACAAUCAGAAACGUUUCGGUUUCUCACCCAUACAAUAUGUAACUGAGAAAGCUCUCCAAAUUGGCGAACGAUCCAUCUUUAGCUUGCGUUUGUUUGAAGGUGCAGCCCAUGAUGUUGGCAAAAACAGCAUAUUUGUUGACAAGUCUGAUGAAGGCAAAUCAAAGAUAAUGGAUUUGAAGAAUAGAGUAGCAGCCUCAUAUGAACGCGAGAAUGUAUUUAAUCAUACACUAUACCCUGAGAAUGGAGAUAUCAUAUCAUUCCUAAGUUCAAAAGAUGGCGAACGUUAUGUUGACACAUUAACUCGUCAACUAACUGAUCGUCUGAAAUCGCUUCUCAACAAAAUUCACUCAAAUAAAGUACCAUCAGCUCCGUCUAACAUUCACGAAAUUGCGAAAGCCGAAGAUUCAACUCAUACAAAGCAUGCAUUGCGUUGUUUGGAGAAGCCUUGGUUAUCUCGAGCAACAUUGGAUAACAAAAUAACGGAAUUACUAAAUACAAAUGCUAAUUCUGGAGGCGUUAUCUUAUUACAAGGUCCGGAUUUGUCAUGUAAAACAAGAUUGUUAUGUCAAUUAUAUGAAAAAGCUCCGAAAUCUGCUUAUAAGAUUAUCCGCUUUGUUGGUUUAACUUAUUCUUCAAUAUUCGCCCACGAGUUAUGGCAGCUAAUAUCGCUAAGACUAUGUGAAUUGAGUAACAAACCAACAGCUGAUGUGCAGAAGCUAUUUACACUGAGCAGUUCAAUUGAGAAGUUUGAAGAAUUAUGCAAAUCUCUGGAUAAGCCACUCUUCCUCUUCAUUGAUGAUAUCCAUCUUCUAAAAUAUGGACACUUCUUAAGCUCCUUAACUAAAAGGCUUCAAAAGGGACCGAAUCAACUUUAUUUGUUCAUAACCGCAUCAAAUAUUAGUCCAAUUUCAUCGGUUUUCGUUAUAACACAGACUGUAAACGUUGAACCACCUAAUGAAGAUGAGCUUAUUUCAAUGCUUCAAUUGAAUAUAUCCAUAACAGAUAGAAAAGUACAUAGUGAUCAAUUGUCAUCUAUCAAAUAUCAGUUGACUGGUGCUAAUUCUCAUAUUUGUAUGGCGGAAGUUUUACUUGAUGAACAUUUACUGAAGCCAAUAGAAAACAAAGAUGGUGGAAUUGAAGGACGUUUGCAUCGUAUUGAAGAAGAGUUUGGACAGCCAGCAGUUCAAGCCGUUUGUCGAUACCUUUCAAUAUCUUCGCAUGGGUUGACAAGACUAGAACUGUUCGAUACUUUGUCUAUCAAUCCUGCGAUGUGUAGCAUAUAUGGAGGCCCCUGUUUUCCUCCAUUCCUUCUCGAUAACAUUCUUCGAAACUUAGGCUCAAUGAUAAUGAUGGUCGAAUUGGAUAACCGCAUAGUUUACCGCUUUAGUCAUAUUUUAAUUUUGGGAUUAGUCCGUCACCGCUAUUUUGAAUCCACGGGUGAUCUUAAAGUGUCUCAUACUGAAUUGUCUGAAAUGCUCGCCGAUCUGAAUCAGAAGAAUAUAUCACCGCGCCCCGAUUUGAGUUAUCAGGUAUAUCCACAAGCAACUAAAAGAGAUAAUGGUAUGCCUAACAUACGUAAAUUGAGAAACUUGUGGUAUCAUCUUCUUCAUACAGGGAAUAUGGAUGCUUUAAAAGAGUGGACUCUAUGCCAAUUCGAAUAUGUUGAUGGUGUUUCAAGAUAUUGUGGAAUUUUGCAUUUAUUAACAUUAUAUGAAGAAUGUGCAAUGCAAGUUCUUCAUCAUGAUAUACAAGUGCUAUGCGAACAGGUAUUACUACCUGCUUUACCUACAGUUGUUCGAGACUCGGAACAGUUAGCAGCAGAAGUUAUUGGACGUUUACGGUUUACACGAGGUGAGAACAGUCAUUUUCUGAACACUAUGGUAGAGCAAGCAAUGAGCUGGGUUGAUACAUACAAUAGACAGCCUUUGAUGGUUCCGCUAACUUGUUGGAUCUCACCACCAAUAAUGAAGAGCUGUCGAACGUUCACCUUAAAAGAUUGGAAGUCGAAUCAAACGAUCUUAACUCCUACUCACAAUCAUCAGCAUGUUUUGAUAUCAGGAAAUUUGGCUGACCCUGGGGCCAUUUAUAUGUAUCAUAUUCCUUCACAAUUACUCAUAAACACAUUUCGAGGUCACAAUUCCGCUGUAACUGCAUUGUGUGCAUCUUCUAAUGGAGUCUAUUUCGUGAGCACAUCGGUUGAUAAAACUGCUCUUGUCUGGUCAUUCGCAACUGGCGAAGUCGUGAAAACUUUGAAGCCUCAUAGCCAGAAAAUUACAUGUGCUAUUCUCAGUAGUGAUGAUACUCUUCUUGUCACUGGUUCUGCCGACUCUUCGGCUAAGAUUAUUGAUAUCGAAACGGGUGAAGUAAUACGUUCUUUCAACGAACACACUGGUAGUGUAGUUUCCCUUCAAUUGACAUCAAAUGAUCAGUUUCUCAUAACAGGAUCUGGUGAUUUCUUAGUUCAAAUGUGGGAUAUGAAAAAUGGACGCUGUAUUUCAAAAAUGUCAGGAUUAAUGGCUCCGGUCAGCUGUGUUGCGUUAACUUCCAAUGAUGCUUUUGUGGCGGUUGGAUGUGAAGAUGAAACAUUACGCGUAUAUAGUACUGUUUCGGGGACAGAGCUACACGAGUUGAUGGGGCACGAAGGAAAAGUCAACGCUCUUGUGGCGGCACAAGAUGAUUGUCAGCUGUUUGCAGCGACUAAAGCAAAAAUUUAUUGUUACGAUAUUCAUAACGGACAGAUAUUAGAUAUUCUGGAUUGUCAACAGCCUUAUCCUGUUUGUAGUCUCAAAACUACUUCUGAUAAUUACUUUCUAAUAUCGGGAUGUGGCCCACGUAUACAUGUAUGGAAUGUGCAAAAAAGAGUGUAUGAUAGACACGACACUUCGGUUGACAAGGAGGGGUUUGUUACUGCAAUUGCCAUGUCACCAGACGAAAAAAUGGCUGCAUGUGGGACUUAUAAUGGGAUUGUGGCUCUAUGGGAUCUAGAUAUUUGUCAAUGUAGUACAACAGUUAUACAAUCCAAAAGCGUACCAAUUUCUUGUUUAUCGUUUACAUCAAACAGCACCCAUAUUUUGAGUGGGAAUGCAAUAGGAAACAUUAUAAUUCUGGAUGCUUCCUCAGGAACAAUACAACGCUCACUUAAUAUUCAUGCGUCUGAAGUCAUUUCUAUAUGUAGCUUAGAUCAAGGCAGAGUCUUGAGUUGCUGUAAAGAUGGGAAGCUACGAAGCUGGAGUAUAUAUGAUGAAGAGGAAACAAAUGAAACCUUCCCUCAGAAUAUUUUGGCUCCGAUGUCAGUGCUAUCACAGGGUCGUAUACUGAUUGCCCAUUGCCCAAAUAGCAAUAAAGAGAUGAAAAUAUGGGGAUUAUUAGAUCAAGGUAUUCUGCAGAAAAACAGAGUUCAUCAUAACGAAGAAAUAACCUGCUAUGAUGCCAGUACGAAUGGGACUCUUGUUGCAACAGGAUCGAUUGAUCAAUCUGUGAAAAUUUGGCAGAUAGAUUCUGGCUAUUUAACUCAAGUAUUAGUGGGACAUGAAGACACGGUCACAUGUGUUGCUAUGGCAGAAGAUGAACGAAUAGUUGUUUCUGGGAGCAAGAACCAUAAGGUUAUAAUCUGGAAUGUCGCUACAGGAGAUAUAGCUAAGUCAUUACAUACGUCUUCUCCUGUCACUUCAGUUGCUCUGACAGCCGAUGCAACUGUAGCGUUCUCAGGUUCUAACGACGGUUGGAUAGAAGCUUGGAGUACUGAGAGCGGCAAGCUGAUUUCAUCUCUGAAUAGCCAUCGGCCUAUACGACAACUCGUUCAAUCUUUCGAUGGCAACAGAAUACUCGUUCACUUGACUGGGUGUGCUCAAUUACCAAUUCUUUGUUUACAUAAUUCUCCGGCUGGUCCGAUUGAAACUCAAAGAACACGACCCCGAUCGGCACGAAAUCAUUCCGUAACUAGCAUUGGGAAUGAAACAAGUGGAAGUGGUGAGCAGAAAAAAGAGCAACUUUCCAAUAACAGUAACAGCAUAACAUCAAACGGAUCCUCCACCAAGUCCGUGCAGCCUCGACCUACAUUCGAUAAGCUUGAGAGAACAAAGAGCCGCACUUCACUCAUAGAAAAAGACAGAACAACUACUCUGACAAAUAUGACCACUCCCACGCAAAAAUCUAAUAUGUGUAACAUUCUUUAA